UACAAACUUGGCCAUUUUCCCACCGAUGGCGCCACUGAACUAUAGCAAUAUUGGAACGCGCCCUUAGCCACCCGUAGCCACACCUAGCUUACCUAGAAAGAGGGCAAAUUGAUGGGCAAUGCUAAGAUAACUAUUUCUAUUCGUUUCUAUUGGUCACACAUAGUCAAGUGUACGCCGAGCGUAGAGUUCUAUUCGUCAGUCUAGUAAACGCGUGCUAUGCCAAUCAGUGUCAAGGUUAGAAAUCUCGUCGUAUCGGGAGCCAAUAGGAACGUUUGUCCUAUACAAGCUUUACGAGCCAUUAUUCAUCGAGGCAAUUUGCAUUUUCUCGUUGUAUGCGUGCCAAGCAUACGCAACAUAUAGGGAACAUAUUAUUGAAACCUGUUGUUGACAUUUCCAGUGACAUAACCCUCGAUAUUGAAUCUUGUUAGUGUUUAUAUACUCUGAACUCGUAUAGGGUUCACGCGUGGUCUAUUUUCUAUCUGUCAAAAUUCUCGAGUAGCGUUCUUCCAAUUUAAUGCUUGAUGCGUUUGCGGAUUGAUAGCGUUCUAAAGUGAAUAUAUCUAUUGUUGUAAGUGUACUGUUUCGUUCAAAGUAAUUGCUAAGAUGAAAACUGGUAUUUUCCACAUUCGACAUUCUAUUCUCGUUGGAGAAAAACUAGAAUACACUUUGUAUAGUUUGAGAUAAGCUGUAUUGGGCGUGACUAAUCCUCUUGUUUGUCAGCACAUGGAAUAAAAUUUUCGUAAUUUAACCCAGGUGUUUCCCAAUUAAGUUUGUAAUUUGUAACUUAAGCAAGAAUGCAACAAACAACCACCAUUGAAACAAUCACUAUUACCAGGCCACUGAAGGUGAUUGCAUUUAUAUGCGGGGUAAUAGUGAUACUGUUAAUGAUAAUGGGCUUGGCAUCUACCGAUUGGUUAAUGGCAUUGGGAUGGAGACAAGGUCUGUUCGCGCAUUGCAUCGAAGAGAGCGCGCCCACACCACUGCCAUUUAACAUACCAGAUCCAGCAGGAUGUUAUCAAGCCAGAGACGUUGCUUACAUAAAAGCAGCUGCCGCUCUGUGCGUAGUUUGUUUAUUAACAGACAUCGCUGCAACAAUUCUCACAGGGCUUGGUUUGAGGUCACAAGAUAAUCGUGACAAGCACAAGUAUUAUAGAUUUGCUGUCUUCUGUAUGGGAUUCGCAUUGGUAUCGCUUCUAAUAGCUUUAGUGAUAUAUCCAGUGUGUUUUGCCACGGAACUCAAUCUUGGAAAUCGAGCAACAUGGGAAUUCGGUUGGGCAUACGGAGUUGGAUGGGGUGCAGCUAUUUUCUUGUUUGGUGGAGCUGUGUUGUUGUUAUGCGACAAAGAGAGCGAGGAAAUUUAUUACAAAGAAAGAAAGAUCGUACGCGACGAUAUCGGUAGCGGAGGUUCUAUGAUCGGCAUGGGACAUCAUGGUGGACGAAGUGGAACGCAAUUAGCCUAGUGGCAUUGCUCCCUGCCCGACGUUGUUCUCUAGGUGAUUAAUUUCUUCUUUUUCUGUCCUCACGUUUUGAUACAUUCAUGGAAAAAAAGACGUACACACGUAUAAGAGUGAAUGGUUUUUUAUAUGUAGUCUACUUGUUACACCAGCAUGUAUCGGACUUCUAUAACUAUUACUUCGAUAUAGGGGAUGUACAAACAUCUAAACAAUCCGUCGUUGGACAUUUGACGAAAAAGGGUUUGCAACUUGACUGAGAUUCGAUUGAGUUCGCUCAUUGGUUACCAAUUUCCAAUUUUCUCAUAUCAACAAUUUCGGGACCAUUGCUAUUUUAAGUUUACUAUAGUAUUAUGUUUUACGUGUAUUAUACAACAAAUAUUUUUUAUAUAGUAUAUUUACAUUAUUUUUUAAAUUUACUAAUCAACUUUUGAUACCAUUACAAUGGUAACAACGAUGCUGCGUUACUUAUCUGUAAAAACGAAAAAUCAAUUGACACAACUGUCGCAUUUACCAUUACCGUGUGACUCGGGACAUAAUGGCAAGAAACUUUUCGAUUUGCUAAUGUUUAUGACUUCACGGUAACUUUCGCUAUGCCUAAAUUAACAAUUUAUUAUUGUGUUUAGUUAGCUUUAAAUAUGAGUUUUGGUUUUCUUACACAGCACAUAAUACUUGAGUACUUAACACUAUUCCAUGCUUUUUCAUUUUCGAAACUGGAACAAAUAUUUCAACUGUGAAUAGCUGAGAAAUUCGAUGAAUUAAUAUGAUUAGUAAGACAAGAACACUGCCUCUCGUUAGUCAAGAUCAAAUAAAUAAUUGAUUCUUAUCCUUGUUUUUGCAUACGACGUGCAACUUUCAAUUAGUUAUUAUUUAUUACAUUUUAGUAUAUUUUCUAUAUGUAGUAUGUACAUACACACACACACACACACACACACACAUCUCUCUCUACAUAUAUAUGUAUAUAUAUAUUAGAUGUUAGUAAUUUAUUGUUCGCUUUCAUUUAGUGUUUUUUUUUUUAUUUUUUUUUUUAUUACUAUUACUGAAAGUGAUACUUGCUUUAAUCAAAUGAUUUAUAUUAUUGUAGCAUUCACCAGUAUUUUUGGUAUAAUAUUAUGAGAAAAUAAUGUUUACAACUUAUACUUCCACGUAUCCUGCAAUAAAUCUUGGCCUAAAAUUGUUGUAAGUAACAUAACAUGUGAUUGCAUACACGCACAUAACUAUAAUGAAUGAGAAACUACAAAAAAAAAUUUGAGUAAAAGUAAUCUCGAGUGCGAAAAAUAUAAAUAUUUUUAAAAAUUGCAUGCUUGGGCACACGCCGCGUCGAUUGUUGCGAAUAACAAUAAUAUUAAUCGACUAACAGAUUUUUAGAGAUAAAAUCAUUAUUCUCGAAAAACCAUAAAAUUAUACGAAACAAUACCAGUUUGUGCACGUGCAUUGUAAACGAACGACCUGAUCGUUAAUUUGUAUAUUGAAUCAAAUUUAUUAUUUUCGUAUUCGUAUUUAUCCAAAAGUCUUCCUUUAUUCCUUAUGGAAAUACAAAUGCAUUUUUAGCGCAUUAAAAAUUAUGUAAAUG